UGUAGCGGGUAUCAAUGUAUUAAGAUACUGAGGGCACCGCGGAUUUCAGUGAACACCAUCAACCAGUCAGUACAGUGUAUACUCGUAGCAAUAUAGAUAAUUUAUUCCUGUAGACGAAAACUUUCAGCUUGUUUUGAUUUGGUAUACUGAUGAGAAAGUUUAACCAUUCAACUCCGAUGCUGGUCAGGGGAAGAAGAUUUCAUGAUGUCUAUAGCUAAUGUGCUUUACCUUGCUCAACUUGACUCAAACGAGAGAAUUUUGAUCAGAUUCCUAUUCAUCUUCAUUAUUGAAUCCUCGUCUUUCGGAUUGGCAUCAAGGGUAUCUUGUAUUUUCUUGCUCGAGUUAUUUUAUUUGAACAUGUCGAGUUCUAGUGCAUCGAAGGACGCCGCCAAGAAGAAGGAUGACGAUGCUGAAGAAAGCGACAACGACGAUGACAUCGAGAAUCAAACAGUCUUUCAAAUGUGGCAAGAUUUUCUACGCAGUUUAACUUUACAUGGCUUUCGUUUUAUUUUUGAAUCAGAUGGGCCAAUAUUUCGUCGCAUUAUAUGGAUCAUUAUUCUGUUAUGUGCUAUUGGCAUGGUAACGUAUCAAAGUAAGAAGAGCAUCCAGAAGUACUUAGACCAUCCCAUCACCACCAGUGUCCAGGUAGAGUUCCUGGACGAGAUUACGUUCCCUGCUGUCACUAUCUGUAAUUUUAACCUGUUUCCUUACUACUUGAUAAAUGGGACAAUUGGAGAAAAGGUCAUGUCAAUUCUGGCACCACAAAAAUACAUUGACGACAAAGAAGAGGUUCUCUUUGCACGGUCACCGAUCCCGAACUUUAUGAACUACAUUCGAAAACGACGAGAAAGCAAAAAGCCUGGUACUGUAGUGACUGAUGAUAUGCUCGACAAUCAAGCGGACUUUGAUUUCGAUGAGACGUUUGAUUUUGCAGAGUUUGUUCGCACUCAUGGUCAUCGGAUUGACCAUAUGAUCAAGAGGUGUCGGUGGAAAUCCCAGCCAUGUGGUCCAGAGAACUUUACUGCUGUUAUCACUGAGUUUGGGCUGUGUUAUACUUUUAAUUCAGGAAGACAUGGCCAUCCUCUACUUCACGUUCGUCGUGCCGGAGUUGAUUACGCUCUACGCCUACAACUGAGUGUGCAACAAGAUCAAUACUACGGGUCUCUUAGAGAUUCGUCUGGUUUUAAAGUGAUGGUACAUGAACAGGAGGAACCACCUUUGAUUAAUGAACUUGGAAUUGCCAUUCAACCAGGGACGCAUACGUUUUGUGGUCUUCGAAAAGAAGUGAUGCGCAACCUGCCUCGCCCGUUCAAAACAGCUUGCGAAGACAGGCACCUGGAAGGGUUUACAAAGUACACCAAAUCUGCCUGUCUAUUGAAGUGUCGAGCAGACUACGUUAUAAACCAGUGCAAAUGCCGCUCUUACGAUCUAAAAGGAACAGCUCCACCUUGCCAGCCAAGACAAGUUAAGGACUGUGUUUGGCCAGCAAUGGAGGCGUUUCAUAAUGAGAGUAAUAACUGUGAAUGUCCUGUACCCUGUGAGAUCACCAAGUACCAGCUUCAACUAUCCUACGCACAGACACCUGCUAAACACUUUUCUGAAGUUUUGGCGCGACGGAAGCACGUGCGAAGAGAUAUUAUGAGACACUACCUGAGAGACAACUUUCUAGAGCUUGAUGUUUACUUUGAAGAGAUGCAGGUGACGCUUAUCCAACAGAGACAAGCUUAUGAUCAGGAAAGUUUAUUCGGUGACAUUGGUGGUCAAGUUGGACUGUUCCUCGGCGCGAGUAUUCUGACAGUUCUAGAGUUUAUCGAUUUAUUAUGGAGAAUCUUAGCUUUUAAAUUUAAAAUGCGACGACGGAGAAGAACUCAUACAGUUUGAAUAAUCAACCGCUUCAAAAAUAAUGCCAAAACAUCAUGGAUAUUAACUUUCUAAGAAAG